AUGUCAUCAAGCAACGACACAUCGGUUGUUGCUUCUAGUGCCAUCAUCGUGGCACUCAAUCUCAUUAAAGAACGUUUUACUGGCAAUCUUCCAUUAAUUUUUCUUAUUCUUGGUUCAAUUGGCUUUCUUGGAAAUACUUUUACAUUUCUCCAACGUAACCUUCGAUCGAAUACAUUCUGCAUCUAUUCAUUAUGCGGUUCAGUCGUGGAUGUAAUCAAUCUGUAUACCAAUCUUUUAAUGGCCUAUAUUGCUAAGGAUAGCAAUGCAUUGUCCAACAUAACUAGCCGCACUGAAUGCAAAACAAAGUUGUUUUUAGCUGUAUUUUUGCCUCAAUUAUCGAUGAAUUUACUAGUUACAUCGCUUAUUGACCGUUUUAGUUGUACAUGUAGUUUAACAUCGCCAAUACGCCGCAUGCGGCAAUUAAAAAUGGUGCCAUAUUUAGUGGCACUUACAAUCCUGAUCAGUGGCGUCAUGUCACUUUAUUCCCCGGUUUUCUAUGAUUAUGUACUAAAUUCUGGGUGCGUCGUUACAGAUACGUUAUCGAAUGGUAUUUUGUAUACUAUCCUUCAUGGUUUCAUAACGCCAAUAGUUAUGUUUGUCUUCGCUUGGUUAACAUAUCGAAAUGUUCGACAAAGUCGUCAAAGAGUAACAGUAGCUAACACUUCAGCUACUACCAAUCGAUCUCGCCAUCAGUUUAUCAGCACAGUGGUUACUCAAGUAUGCGUUACAAGCUUCCUUACUCUACAAUGGAUUGGCGUAUAUCUUUACUGGAUUGUUACUAGAAAUGCCAAUAAAACUGCCGAUCAAUGGGCGAUUUUUUAUUUCACUUUUUCACUGUCCAAUAACCUGUAUUAUCUAAUUAAUGUCAAAUCGUUCUACUUGUCCACAUUAACAUCACGUCUUUUUCGCCAAGCGCUAAUUAGAGGCUUAUUCAAAAACGUAGACCAAUUGUGCGAUACUUCAUUUGAGAUCACUUGUGACUCAUUCGACAAGCCAUGUCAUCAACGAUCGACAAUGGUUUUGAAAUUACGUGAACUUCUCAUUAAACAAGUUGCAAUUCAUCUUCCGUACUUUUCCUAUGAUUCGUGUCAAUGUUUAACAGCAGAUCAACGCGAACGUGUGCUCCGAUGGCUCGUUUCACACGAUUAUCUUUCGCCGACUGUAGCUCCAUACAUAACCAAGAAUCUCCUUUCAAUUCCGUUGUAUUCUCUCGAGUUUUAUAAAUGUGAUCAAUUAACGAAUGACAUGCUUAUUGAAAUCGGCCGAGCCAGUCAUUUCAGCCGAUUGAAAUCACUUAUUAUCCACCAAUGCAGUCAAGUACAAGAUUCAGGGGUGCGUGCUAUAACCAAAGGACAGUUAUCGUUGGAGUAUGUGGCUUUGAGGAAAUUGGCUAAUUUGACGGAUGUCGGUCUCGAUGGAAUCCAUUCAGCGUUUCUUAAAGAAAUCGAUUUUCGUUGGAAUGAAAAAAUUCAAGAUCAUGGAAUAUUUACGAUUGUUUCAAAUAAUCUUAAUCUACGUUCGAUUCGUCUAGUUAACUGUCAUAGAUUAACCGGACAAUCUGUCAAUCAUAUCGCUCAAAACCUCGCGGAAAAACUGGAAGUGUUGGAUGUUGAAGGUUUGAAAACGUUAGAUGCCGAAGUGUUUGUACAUCUAGUUGAUUACUGUCCCAAUAUUCGAAGUUUAAAUUUAUUCGGUAUAAUUAAUCUCGACGCUGACGGCUUAUUCACAUUAUUUGUUCGAUCAACACGCAUGAUGCAACUAAAUUUAUCCUACACGACAUGCUUUCUUCAAGAACCCGUUGCCGACUAUUUGUGCUGUUUACCAUUGUCUCUGGUGGACAUAUGCCUGUCGGGUACACAAGUUUAUAGUACGCACAUUCUCGUUCGUGCGUUGACGCGAUUGAAAAAUAUAGAACACCUUCGAUUGAAUGGUCUAGCGACGAUCUCGGACGAUGCCAUAGAAAAAAUUCUUGCGGUUAUUGGAGGUCGAUUGAAAACAUUAGAAAUGAAUGGUUAUAUAACUGUUGGAUCGUUAACUGAUCGUAGUGUGGAGCAUAUUGUUCGUUAUUGUACGUCCCUAGAACAUUUAUCAUUGAAUCUGCUGAGUUUCACAUCCACGCUUGAUUCAUUGUAUGAACUAUUCAGUUCGACAGGACGUGCGUCGAAGUUACACACCAUCUCCUUGAGUUCAUUUCGAAACAUCAAUGAGCGUGUCCUAUGGAGCUUGGCGGAAAAUUGUUUAAAUGUGACAUUGCUCGAACUUUCUGGCAUUCCUUGUGUAAAUGAUGCAUUGAUAUCUUCGUUAAAACAUUGUAGAAAGUUAUCUCAUUUGAAUAUCAAAGGAUGCAAACAAAUAACCGAUCUAUCGAUAUGUGAUCUUCUUGGCGUAUGUCGAUUUGUUUCACUCGUGCUUUCGGGUUGUUAUCAAUUAACUGAUAAAUCAAUCUUAGCUUUGGCUCACACUCAACCAUUCCUCGAAGAAAUCUACAUUUCAGGUUGUACUAGAAUAUCUCCCGCAGCAGUACGGUUCCUUCAAGACAAUACCAUUCGACGUUUGUAUAUUGAUCAUAAAAUACCGAAUGCAUUGCCAGAUGCUAUGAUGGCGCGAAAUCUUGAUACAGGAUUAUUCGAACAGGUGUAA